CAACACUUUUUUUGUUACAUAGCAACUAACUAGCAAAUCAUAUCCACACUUACUUCACUGUGCAUUUGGGACUCGAGUUACAGAAAGAAGCUUGGAAACCGUUAACUUUGAACAGGACCGGCUUCUGUUUUGUUUAUAAUGGCAGAAAAAAUAGCGAAAAAGAAAAUCUGAAAAUGAAUAUCGAACCUUCUUUCCCGAGUGGGAGAGUAAUGUAUUUUUUUGUUGAACGCAAUGGAAAACUCCUGUGCCUUAUUUGCCAGUGAUUUCAACCAAUAGGCGAGUAGUUUACUGUACUCUGUUAAUCCUGUCUCCAUGGCAACAUUUGGGCAGUUAAGGAAAACUUCAGUAUGGCUGAUUUAAAAUAAAUAAAAGAAACCGAAACGAGAGGAGGAAAAAACACAACGCUUACGGAGGAAUAUAAUGAAAGAAAGCAAAUAACAGGCAAGCUAUGUCCGAAUUUGACAACUGCCAUGAAGAAGAAAUUGGCAGAAAUAACUGAAUAUGAAUGUAAGAAAAAUAAUCGUAAAUCGCAGCAUUCACGAGAUAUAUAUGAUUUCAGAAGAGCAUCACAAAACAGUUCAAACUUAUAUCUCAGGCCUAUGAAGUUUUGUCGGACCCACAGAAGCGAGACCUUUAUGACCAGGGAGGAGAACAGGCUAUCAAAGAAGGUGGAAUGGGAGGAAGAGGUUUCUCCUCCCCAAUGGACAUUUUCAACAUGUUCUUUGGGGGGGGAGGCAGGAUGAACAGGGAGAGGAGAGGAAAGAAUGUUGUGCACCAGCUGUCCGUGUCACUGGAAGACAUGUACAAUGGUAGAACAAGGAAGCUUGAACUCCAAAAGAAGGUCAUCUGUGAGAAAUGCAAUGGUUAUGGGGGUAAAAAGGGAACAUUGGAGAAGUGCUGUGACUGUAAAGGACAAGGUGUUAAGAUCCAGGUCAAACAGAUUGGACCUGGAAUGAUUCAGCAGAUCCAGUCAAUGUGUGAAGAAUGCCAAGGACAAGGGGAGAGGUUCAGCUCCAAAGACAGAUGCAAAAAGUGCAAUGGUCUCAAAGUGGAACGGAAAAAAAAGAUACUUGAAGUUCAUGUAGACAAAGGUAUGAAGGAUGAGCAGAAAAUCACAUUCCAUGGAGAGGGGGAUCAGGAACCAGGAUUAGAACCUGGUGACGUCAUCAUUAUCCUUGAUCAGAAGGAGCACCCUGUGUUUCAGAGGCACGGAGACAAUCUGAUCAUGAAAAUGGAAAUCCAGCUAGUGGAGGCACUCUGCGGGUUCAAAAAGACAAUCGGAACCCUUGACAACAGAAAACUCUUGAUUAACUCAAGUCCAGGUAAGGUGAUAAAACACAAUGACAUAAAAUGUGUCCAGAAUGAAGGGAUGCCAAUUUAUAGAGCUCCAUAUGAGAAAGGACAGCUAAUCAUACAGUUCUUGGUAACAUUCCCAGAAAAUGGCUGGCUUCCAAAGCACAUGCUACCUCAGCUGGAGGCCUUGCUUCCUCCAAGGGAGGACUUGAUGCUUGUAGAUGACAUGGAGGAGGUUGACCUAGUUGAAGUGGAACAUGGCUCCCAUCAUAGUCAUAAAUAUAGAGGAGAGGCAUACCAAGAAGAAGAUGAAGAAAGAACACUAAAUUCAGGUGUUCAAUGCCAAACUCAAUAAAGUAACUUCAGAACCUUCAGUUAAAGCGCAAGAUUUGUCAAUAGAGGCUCAUUGUGAAGAUCGCAAGAUAAUUCUCUCAGGAUCUCAAUUUGGUCAGAAAGGGUUACUAUUACACGUGACAUAAGACUGAUAGAACACAAGAUUCCAGACACUAACCUAUUUCUACCACAUGUUUUUAAAAUCUAUUCUUUCAUUUCUGAAGGACUGUUUGUUACUUCGUAUUCCUUUGUGUUGCCCAAAAAGACAGAACCUAUGGUUUUAGAAUAUUUUGCAAAUUUACAGCAAGAGGCACAAUGUCACAUUAUUUCAGUAGAAACCAAAAUAACCAACUUGCAACAAUUGAAAUGUGGAAAACAGCCAAAGAACUGGAAAUUUAGAAACCAAAAGCAAUAUGCUAAACUGUAGAAAGCAAUGUAUUUUAGUUACAAGAUACUUUCCAAUCUCCACAAUGAGCCACAAUAAAUGUGUACCUUUUAUGUGGGGGAAAAAAAGACAUUACUAGUUUGUGUGUGUACUGUAGAUACACUUUGUUCUGCAUAUUCAUGUACUGAUCACUUUGAUUAGGUGUGCUACUGAAAAUGUGUAUGGGUAGAGAAGUUUCAUUGGAACAUAUUUAAGUACCACAUGGUUAUCACUUUAUUUAUCUGGAAACUUCCAUAAGUGGUUUUGUAAAUAAAAUAAAUAUUUGAA